AUGCCUCAGUUCAAGAAGUGGCUUCAGCGUCCCAACCCGGUUCACCUGGCGUGUGCUGCCACGGCCGAACUGAUCGGAACCAUGUUUUUUGUCUUCGUCGGAGUGGGGUCUGUGGCUGUCUCAAGUGAAUUCGUUCAGGGGCUGGAUGUGACCCGCAUACUCUCCAUAGGCAUCGCACACGGUCUUGCUCUCGUGAUUGCUGUCGGGGCUGCAUCCGGGAUUUCAGGAGGGCAUAUCAAUCCAGCUGUCACACUUGGCAUGCUGGCAGUGGGGCUGGUUGACGUCAUCACAGCAGCAGCCUACGUGGCAGCUCAGCUGAUAGGCGCUGUGUUUGGUGCUGGUCUGGUCAAGGCAAUAACACCUGCCAGCACACAUGACGCUCUUGGUGCACAUGUGCUCGGUGCUGGUGUCUCCAUAGCUCGUUCGUUCGGUGCUGCUGUCUGGUCAAAUGUGUGGGAGAACCAUUGGAUUUAUUGGGUUGGGAGUAUUAUCGGUGCUUGUGUUGCUAGUGUUGCGUACUGCCUGGUGUUUCUGGUGCCUAGGGAGUAUGGGGAUAAGGUGAAGGCUUUCAGUCCUUCUAGGGCUAGAGAUGCACGCCAGGAUGAGAGCAAUGUUAGUAUUACCGUUUCCUAA